AUGUUAUGGCCGUCCUCGGAAUCUAGGACGGUAAAUCUAGCACCCGAACUCGACGAUGGCUCUACUUCUACCACUCCAUCGUCUACUCCCACGGCGCAGGACGACGUCGAUCCGCGCCGACUCCUUAUCGUCGGGGGUCAAGGCAACUACCUACGCACGGUAGAUGGGCGUGAUAUAUUAGACGCUUGUGGAGGGGCGGCAGUGGCCUGUAUUGGGCACGGCGUGAAAGAAGUAUCCGAUGCUCUAGUCGCUCAAUCCGCCGUCAUCUCUUAUCUCCCUUGGGGGUUCUUUGAUAGUCAGAGCCGUCGGGAUCUGUCCAAAUGGCUAUCAGAGAGCUCCGGUGGGCAUUUCACCAAGGCGUAUAUCACGUCAUCGGGGUCUGAGGCAACCGAGGGCGCAAUGAAACUUGCUCGCGAAUACUUUGUGUGGAAAGGGGAGCCUCAGCGUAUUAACUACAUCGCUCGGGAGGUGUCGUACCACGGGACAACCCUCGGUUCGCUUUCAGUGGGGGGUCAUAUACCUAGGAGGGCCCCAUUCGAGUCCCUCCUGCUGCCUAAUGUUUAUCGUGUACCGGCUUGUAACCCUUACCGCCAGAGGCUACCAGGAGAGUCCGACACCGAAUUUGUGUCACGCAAGGCGAACGAGCUAGAGCAGGCGUUCCUCCGAGCCGGACCAGAAACGGUGGUCGCCUUCGUCGCGGAGCCGGUAGUCGGGGCCGCCUCCGGCUGUAUCCCAUCUGUCCGAGGCUAUUUUCAAGCUAUGAAAGCUGUGUGCGAUAAGUAUGGAGCCUUGCUCAUACUGGACGAAGUUAUGUGCGGUAUGGGAAGGACGGGGACCCUCCAUGCCUGGGAGCAAGAGGGCGUCACCCCAGACAUACAGGCGAUCGGCAAAGGCCUCGCGGGCGGCUACCACCCCGUCUCCGCGAUUCUAGCUAGCAGGAGGAUUGUGCAGGUCAUGGAAGCGAAGGGGGCAUCCUUCACGCAUGGACAUACAUAUCAGGACCACCCCGUCGCUUGUGCGGCAGCGUUGCGGGUACAGCGGAUCGUCGAACGCGAUAAUCUCCUGGCCAAUGUACGGGACCAAGGCCGGGACCUGGAGAAGUUGCUCCGGAGCAAGUUACGGAGCCACCCCAACGUCGGCGAUAUUCGGGGCCGAGGUCUAUUCUGGGGCGUCGAGUUCGUCCGCAACAAGGAUACGAAGGAGCCGUUCGAUCCAAAGCUACAGCUCGCACGCCGGAUACACGAGACUGCCCUCAAGCCCCCUCACAACAUGGCGGUCUAUUUCGGUCAAGGAUGUGCUGGCCAGGGCAGAGGCGAUCACAUCAUGAUCAUGCCAGCCUACAAUGUCACGCGCGAUGUUAUCGAGACGAUCGUCGAUAAAUUCGUAUCCGUAGUCGACGAAUUCUUCGUCGGGUUGGAGGAAGAGAUCGCUGCCGGCUUGGACUAG